GACAGCAGCAUGGCGGAAGACGAGAGUGACCAGGAGUCGGAGAGACUGGGGGAAGAGCUGGAAGCCAUCACACAGGAGGAACUGCAGGGCAUUGCCGCGGACGACAUCAGGAGCCGGGAGUACUGCCGCCGCUUCUGCGAGGUUGUUGAAGAUUAUACUGCACGUUGGCAGGUUCCUUUACCUCAAGUCCAAGUUCUUCAGACGGCCCUGUGCUGCUUCACAUCUGCCAGUGUCUCGUUACCAGCUCAAUGUGAGCACGUACAGUAUGUUUUGAGUAGACUAGCUUUGAGUCUGUUUGAAUUGCUGCUGUUUUUUGGAAAGGAUGAAUUCUAUGAAGAACCUUUAAAAGACAUUUUGGGUUCAGUGCAGGAAUGUCAUGACCUCCUAUCCCGAUAUGACAGUGCAGACCUAACGCUAGUUACUGGUGUAAUAAAGGAUGGGGGUCCAUGGGAACAUCCAGUGUUGCAAGCUAUUCUAAAGGGAAAAUCUGAACCUGAAGAUGUUGUUGACAAAUACAUGAGGUCUGAAAAUCCUGUCUUCUUUGAAUUGCGUGUCCGAUACCUAAUUGCCUGUGAGCGCAUUCCAGAAGCGAUGGCACUUAUAACAACUUGUUUAAGUCAUCCUGAAGUCAGCAAAAACUUGUAUUACCAUCAAGCUUAUUUUACAUGUCUUUAUAUGGCACGUUUAACAGAUAAGCUGCUCAGUGAGCAUGUCCGUAGAAUAGAUUGCACUGACGGAGUACAAAUUAUAUGCAACACUGAAAGUGAAGGUAAAACUGCGUUGGCAUGGCAACUAAGUGAAUCUUUCCUUCUCACACAGUUACGAACAGGUGCCAUGUAUUGUAUUUGGGAUUUAAUAUUUAUUUGGAGCAAACUUCAGCUGAAAAUGAACUCCUCUAAGCAAGUGUUUGUCGAGCAAUGCUAUCACAUGUUAAGGGUUGCCACUAAUGUGAAAGUCAUUUUUCCUUUUAUGAAAAUAAUAAAACAAGAAAUUGCAGAAGCAGGCAUACAGCUGUCUGUUGAGCUCUGUGGGUGUGCUUUACAACUAGAUCUUCAAAAUGAGCUAGAGACAAAAUGUUUGAUUUAUAAAACUAUCGCUUACCUUUUGCCCACUGACUUGGAGAUUUGUCGAAUCUGUGCUUUGUCGGUUUUCUUUUUGGAGAGGACACCAGAAUCGUACCAGGACGUGGAACGUUUGUACAAACGCUCCGAUGAGGAUUACAAUGAAUUUACAAGCUUUGUAGAGAAUCGUGUAAGAUUUGAGUUACUGCCAAUCUUAAAAAGGGGUCUGCUGUUUGACCCUGAAUUUUGGAAUUUAUCAACAAUUCAAAAGAACUGUGCUAACCUGCUUGAUGAUAAGGCUGUCAUGAUCUUAUCAAAUUUUAAUAAACUGGACAACAUUGUUUAUCAGAACUUAAAUGAGGACCCUUCAGUUACGAACUUAAGCAAUGGACCGCUUGAGCACAAAAAUGCAAGCAACAUUAAAUCUGGACUCCUUGCUGAAUCGAAAAGAAAUCAUAUAGUGGUUGGUGCAAACAAAUUGGACCAUAUUAAUGUCCCAAGGCAUCAUUGUACUUUGUGCAAUAAGGAGUUGCUCGGGGGACAUAUUUUUAGGCAUGCACAGGCUCAUCAGAAAAAGGGUUGCUUUUCAUGUGUUAUUUGUGCCAGAAAGUUCAGAAACCGUCUAACCAUGCUUAAGCAUUUAAAAGAUCACAUAAAGAAAAUACAGAGACAGCCAAUGGUUAAACCUGCUGAUCAUGCUGCUUCAAAUGCCUCUUCUCACUUGUCUGAUACACUUGGAGUUAACUUCUCAGACAUUUCUGAGGUGUCUUUAGAAAAAGGAAAUUCCAAUAAUGCUACCAAUGAAGUAUUGACUUCUGUUUCAAUUGUAAAUGCCACAAACCAAGACUCUGAUCCUGAACCUUUAAUUCCAGUUGAAAAUCAUGUAACUGAUCAUGUCAUUGAAAACCUAAAUCAUGUAAGUGAUCAGGUCAUUGAAAACCUAAAUCAUGUAACUGAUCAGGUCAUUGAAAACCUAAAUCAUGUAACUGAUUUAAACAAUUCAGUUGAAGACGUUGAAUUAUGUGAAAAAAAACAAGUUGAGUGCAGCUUGCCGAGCGACCCACCUGAAUGUAAUAAAAUAAAUGGGUCUUUACAUCCAUGUAGUGGUGAUCACUUAGUAAACCAUGACGGGAAUUACAAAUGCCCUGGCCAAGGAUGUACCCGCGUUUUCAAAAAAACUAGUUCCCUUAAUAAACAUGCAAGGAAAGCCCACCCAACAGACAUAAAUGUACAGCAGCAUUUAAUGAACUGGAGUAAGGGAAAAUGUCGUUUCUGUUUAAGAAAGUUUGUAGACGCUCAACAUUAUAUUGAUCAUGUGAAAAGACAUAUUUACCCUAAUGUCUACUUUUGCCAACACAUGGACUGCAAGAAAUCAUUCAAAUUAGCAGGUCAGCUGACAGAGCACAUGUCAAGCCAUGGUGUUUUCAGAGCUCAGUGCAAUUUUCCCAAGUGCUCUGACGUUUUCGAAAAACUCUCCUACCUUUACGAGCACGAAGCUCUUCACUACAAGCAAAAGGUUGAGUUCCCCGUAACAGAACUUAGUAGUCAAUUGCCUGCAAUUAAACCUGUAGAUCAUGUUAUUGAAGAAAAUGUUCAAGAACCGGUAGACACAACCAAUAGCUUACGUGUGACUAACAGUGAAAAAGUAGCGCCUGUCAAAGACAAAGAAAUUUUAGAUUUGUUAGUUCCAGUGUGGAAAUCAAAAAAAGAUGUAGCUAAACCAAAGACAUAUAUGCAAAUAGAGCAGAAAAUAAAUGAUGACGUUCAGAAUGGUGAUGAGCACCUUCAACAAAUUCCUGAUCAGGCGCACAUGAAAGACUGCCCAGUUCCAGAACCAUCCCCUGAAAAUGUUGCAGAAAUGAUUCCUAAUGGAUACAAUGUAUCUGAUCAGGCUGUCAAACAAAUCACGCCUGCAGAUUCUGCACAGAAUGUUGCCAAUUCAAGUACUAUAUUUGUUUCCGAUGGUGCACAAGAGGUAACUCAAAAAGAUAGUGCUGUUCAGCCUGAUGAGGGUGCCUCCAAAGCAUGUGUGAACUCUGGUACUGUGCUGUAUGGUGGAAAUAGGGUUUUUAUCAGACCGUUGCCUCCAAGUUAUCUGGAUGAACAGUACAUCAGCAUGCCAAAACGCAGAAAAAUGGAGGAAGAGCACACACCUACAAAGGAUACCACAUGUAACAAGCCGGUGGAAAGAUUUAGAUGUGAGAAGUGCCUAACAAAUUACUGUAGCUUAAAAGCACUUGAUGAGCAUCUAGCACAAAAGAAAUGUCAGUCCUUGUUUGGGUUUGAUUCAGAUGAUGAAAGUGCCUGUGGCAUUGGUGCGCUUGGAUGCACUGUUCAGAGGUCAUUAAAGGUGGAACACAUGUGUGGUUACAAUACUUUCCACCUGGACAUUGUGGCAGACCAUGUGCAAUGCAAUCUUGGCACCAAAUUCAAAAAGGAAGGACCUUGGAGACUAUUAAAACCACAGCCACAACUACUUGUCAGCCAGGUGAUGUUUAGUUCUGUUGUAGGUGUGCUGUCACCAGCCCUUCAGCACACCCAGAGGCCAUUUAAAUCCAGUUUCCAGUCAUCUUUUACUCCUGUACCUGAAUUUCACAGAAAAAUAAGAAAAGGAAACAUGAAGUAUAUUCUGACUCCAUUUCAGAUUCCUCCGCAUUAUCCUCGGAAAGAUUCAGAUGCCUCAUCCAAUCAAGAUUUUGCUUGCCCAGAAGAAUGCAAUAAUAAAUUAGAUCUUCCUAAAGUGGACAUGCCUAUUGCACAGUUAGUUUUCUAUGCUUAUGAGUCUGUCCUAAGGAAACUACUUGACCUUCCUUUGUCUUUGAAAAUUCUGGAAUACUACCUAGUGGAUCUGCAGACCUUGAAAUCUUUCAAGCUCAGUUUGGUUUCUUAA